UAUCAGCCGAUAUCUAGCUAGCAUGGCUUUUACUGUUGCACUGCUAUGCACACUGCUUGUCAUUUUAAUCUCUUCCCUCGGUAAUGCACUGAGCUUGAAUUACUACGAACAGACAUGCCCUGAUGCCGAGUCUAUCAUCACCAAGGUUGUCAAGAGCGAGGUGAUGAAAGAUCAAACAGUCCCUGCGGCCCUGCUGAGGAUGCAUUUCCAUGAUUGUUUUAUAAGGGGCUGUGAUGCUUCUGUGCUGUUGAAUUCGGCAGGGAAGAACACUGCAGAAAAAGAUGGGCCACCCAAUGUUUCUUUGCAUGCAUUUUAUGUCGUUGACAAUGCAAAGAAAGAAGUGGAAGCUUUGUGCCCUGGUGUAGUCUCGUGUGCCGAUAUCUUGGCGUUGGCUGCAAGAGAUGUUGUUGUGCUUUCUGGAGGGCCAACUUGGGAUGUGCCUAAAGGAAGAAAAGAUGGAAGAACGUCCAAGGCUAGUGAAACCGUACAAUUGCCAGCUCCUACCUUCAAUAUAUCUCAACUUCAUCAAAGCUUCUCUCAAAGAGGUCUAUCCACGGAAGACCUGGUGUCCCUUUCAGGCGGGCACACUCUAGGUUUCUCCCAUUGCUCAUCCUUCCAAAAUCGAAUCCAUAACUUCAACUCCACCCACGACAUCGACCCUUCAAUGCAUCCAUCUUUUGCAGCAAGCUUGAGGAGUAUUUGCCCGAUCAAAAAUAAGGCAAAGAACGCUGGCACCGGCAUGGAUCCUUCCUCAACAACUUUUGAUAACACAUAUUACAAGCUACUCCUCGAGGGUAAGAGCCUCUUCUCUUCGGACCAAGCUUUACUCACAGCAUCAAAGACAAAAGACCUGGUUUCUGAGUUUUCUAGCUCAAAGGCAGCUUUCCACAAGGCUUUUGUUAAAUCAAUGAUCAAGAUGAGCAGUAUCACUGGAGGCCAGGAGGUCAGAAAGGACUGCAGGGUGGUGAAUUAGAGCCUCUUAUAAAUAAGAUUAUUCAAUUAGUAUAUAUUUAGACAAUCUGGGAUCACACAAGGAAGGGUAAUCUAGCAAAAUGGGUUUCCCAUUUGCUUGUUUUUCAGCUUAUCAGAGGGAUUGUAUGUUUUGUUCCAAACCCAUGUGUACGGCU